AUGUCGUCCAUGGCCGCCGUUCCGCAGACUGAUGAGGAGGAAAUGGAAACUUCACAGAUUUGGGGGUCAACCAAUGGAAACGAAGCAAAGGUUUCUCAUUGGUUUUCUCGCGCGAGGGCCUCCUUCAUUGUGCCCGCUGUUGGUCUCAUGGUUGUGGGUGUCUUGGCAUUGGGCGCGAUUCGCGCGAAUGUGGCCCCUCAGACUGCUCAGGACCAGGCUGGAAUUGUCCAAUUGGGCGAUUUCAAGAUCCCAACGCUUCCAGCGAAUCCGAUCGAUGAGUUGAAGAAAGACAUCAAACAACCAAUUACAAAAUUCAAAGCAGACUUGGGCAUCAAUGACUUGAGGGGGGAUCAGAUUGCACUUUGCGUCGUCAAUCUCAACUUGGGAAUCUGGAAGGUGAUUCAGGUGGGAGCACUCAUCACCAAAACGGUGGACAAUUGUGCAUAUCAAACCACCAAUAUCGACAAGAAAAUUGCAUGCAAUAUCAAUCUUGCUGCGAUCAUAGCCUCAUACGAAACAACGGUCGUGGAAGGUGGAGUGAGAACCUAUGAUGCUGCAGAACGCCGACUUCUUUCGAAUUCAUCCUUUGCUAACAGCUCUGCUGACAGAGAACUCUCCGCAGUGGUGGUUCCCGACCCCCCCGCCGCUCCGAUUGCAAAAUUGUUUUGCGCAUGGAAUGUUGCUGAGAGUUUCUGGUUCUUUGCUCGUAUUCCCCCAUUGGCCGACAUCGCACGCAGACGUUGCCCGGCAGGGAGGACCGCAAGGAGCAAGGCUGCUUGUUCCGAGGUGAUCAAUAACAUCCUCACCAUGACAUUCAACGGGGUCAAGUUGAUCGCUGCAGCCACAACCAAUUGUGUGGAAGGCACAAACGUGGCUGCUGGAUGUGCUGCUGGCAGUCUGAAUUUCAUGUCAGGAAUCACCGGGAUAAGCUGGGUGGCCUCGGCCUUCGCAAACGGUGCAUGCACAGAUUUGGAUGUAAAGAGGAAAGCUGCCACGGAGGUACGCAUCAAUAGAAAGAUUCACAAGAUUAACCUCAUCAAGAACGACACGCUGCGGCGCUUGCUACGAGAGAAGAAACUCGUAGGCCCCGCCAUCGCACAAGCUCACCAGAUGAUUGCUCAAGAAGAGGAGGACACACGCAACAAUGCCACCACAGAAGAACUUGUCCGCCAUCUUAUGCAACAGAUGAAUCCACAAGAAACCGAGACAGGUUUUGAAGAUGAUCCCUAUGAACUUGUAUUGUCACACCUCCAGAGCUUGAAGGCACCCAGUGAGGCAGAGUGGCAGCAGAUGAUGGCAAAGCUGGGCACCAUUCAGGUCGAACAAAGCUCACAGAGGAAUGUUGAAGAGGCUUCUUUUGAUACUCCAAUCAGGCACAGCAUGGUGCAGCAUGGCACGGCAGCGCGAAACCAAUGGCUCAGCUCCAGCUGUUUGUUGUCCUUGUCGUUGGCCUUGUCCUGUCGCAGGUCUGCGGGCUACCUUUGGCUGAUCAUCGCAGUGGGACCUGUUGCGCUGACCAUUGAUCUGAUCAAGGCAGAUAAAACGCUGGACAAGGAGCAGUUGGAAGCACAAGCUGCAGGUUGCUUCUUUAUGUCGACUCUUCCUUGUGCUUUGGCCAGAUUGGGAGAGGAACAAUGUCUGCAGUCUUUCCGACUUUCUGGCUGCAAGUUGAACAGUGGCCCAGAGUACGCCCUCCAUGCCUACAUCAAGGCAGAAUCCGAUUGCGUGAUCAAGCCCAGUCGCAGCAGGAUCCUGUUGAUGGACCUGCGACUGCGACUGCGACUGCUGCCACUGCAUCCGCAGAACCUACUUUGGUUCUUUGACUUCUCCAGCUUUGGCAUGCUCCCAAUGGCAGCCUCAUCUGGGUUCUCUGCCCCUUCAGCUGCUGCCUUCAUCUUGUCUUUCAAGCUCAUCUGGCCUAACUUUUCCAAGCUGGCCUUGCUGAGCUUUGAAGCCUUUCCAGGCUUGCUAGCCUUUCCAGGCUUGCUGGAAGAAGCCUUUGGCUUUUCCAAGCCCUUUGCCUUCAUGCUUGUCAUUGCCUUUUUUGGUGCCAUUGCUAGCAAGCCUGGAAAGGCUUCAAAGCUCAGCAAGGCCAGCUUGGAAAAGUUAGGCCAGAUGAGCUUGAAAGACAAGAUGAAGGCAGCAGCUGAAGGGGCAGAGAACCCAGAUGAGGCUGCCAUUGAGAGCAUGCCAAAGCUGGAGAAGUCAAAGGGGAAAGGCAAGGGUUUCAAAGGCAACCAGAAGGGCAAGCUCGUCCGCAGCCAGCUGACCCUUCAGCAAAGGCACUUCAGCUGCAAGGUGUUGCACAACGCCGAGCAUGUUUCUGCUGAUCGAGCUCACUUGGGGUGGCACCCGAAGUUGUUGAAAGGGACCUUGGAGUCGGACGGGGUUGACCGAUUGAUGAAUCAGCUUCUUCAGACGGUUGCCUCAGCAGAUUCAGCAGUUUCAAGUGAUUUGCCACCAGUUCCGGAAGAUGACGAAGAUGAUUGGAAUAUUCGGCCGGGGAUUUUUGAUGGAGAAGAGGGGAAAGAAGAAGAUGCAGAAGUAGAUGCCAUCGAAGAGAUUUCACAAUCUAGGAUCUGCAGGACCGAUUGCAACGGCCCUAGCUCCUGGCGCGAUGGUUUGGCCGAAUCUCAAGCAGGCCUGCUGGAUGCGUUUGUUCAGAUCCAGGAUUUUAUCCAGAGCGUACAUGCAAUGUACAACGGAGAGGGAUUUGCCAGCAAUGGACACCCCCGGGUUUUGCUUAGGCAAGUUCAAGUUCCUUGGCCUUGGCGUCACAUCGCGCGCACUGGCAUUUGGCAGGGUUUUGUCACCAAAAGCCUGGAACAGCUGGCUUUGGCGCCGGUCUGGGAGCACCUCGUUUGGCAUUGCGUUGAUCCAGUUUUAGCCCAGGGGCGACCAGAGCCCCCAUUGGAUGAGGUUUUGGGUGGCCGCCAGAUUGCAGCCGCGCCCGUGCUGCGUGUUGGCACACACGUCCCGAUGCGGGCAUGUGUGCGGGAGGUUGUGAUUUUCCUUUUUGUUUGGGCUAUGGUGUCCUGUUGCGCUGCACGGGCUCUUGUGGGCUCUUGCUGGGUGACGGAGGUAGCGGAUUCCCUGAACACCAAUCAGGAAAACCCUUCGGCUUAA